AUGGCUAGGAAAACUACAAAAACCCCUUUCACUUCCCAAACCCUCACCCACUCCAAAUCUAAACCAAAGUCAAGCAAGAAACUCAACCCUACCGAAUUAUACACCUACUUACCUUCAUUACCAAAACGUCAUCGUACUUCCGCCCAAACACUCUCUCUAUCUCGAGAAGAGUCCGCAGCCCAUGAGAAAGAUGUAAGAAGAGGUGGGAAAGGGAAGAAACGGGAUGAAGAGGAUGAUGGAGAGGAAAAGAUGAAGGAUAGGAUAGCCAAGGUAGCCAUGAUGAUUGCGUCGGAGGAGACGGGUGUGGUAGAGGAUGAAAGUGAGGUAGAGAGUGAUGAUGCUUGGGAUGAAGGGGAUGAGGAUAGAUGGGGGGAUAUGUUGAGGGAUAUGAGGGGCAAGUCAGGGGACGGGAGGAGUGGGAAAGGGGAGAAGGGGGAUAAGAAAGAGGAGAAAAGGAAGAGGGUAAAACCGAUAGAGGUGAAUUUGGAUAGUGAUGAUGAGCAACAGUUGGAUGACUCGGAGAUGGAGGAUGAAGGGUCCGACGAGGAAUACGAUUUUGAACAAGACGAAGAAGAGGUCGAUGAGAAUGAGGAAGAGGAAGAGGACGAGGAUGAAGAUGAGGAACCUACAAAGGUCUCAGUACCUCGAAAACCCAAGGUCACCUUUCAAGACGACGUGGUGGAUGAAGUUUCUGAUCAAGUAGACGACGAGUCAGCUAUGGAAGAUGACAGCGAGGGUGAAGACUCAUCUCAAGUCUCCGAUCCUUCCCUUCCAUCUGAUAUCUCUGACGACGAAGAUGAUCCCUCUCAACUGGCUUCUUUAAACGCCUUUGUCGAUUCUUUAACGUCCGUCGACCCUUCUAUGACUGAAGGUAAAACUUCCUCCGAUGCCUCAAAAAUAAAACCCAAGCGGCGUCUUCUUCCUUCACUCCCUUCUACAUCGUCCGCACCUCUUUCCGGAAAACUCGAUCUCUCUUCCCUCGUCUCAUCCCACCCAUCCCUCUCAUCAUCCACCGCAGCCUUAUUGAAAAAAGACAAGAACAUCACCACUACCUCCAUCCUCAAAUCUGGCGUCGUUUCCGCUCCCCUUCCCACAGUGGUAAAAGAACGUCUUGACCGUGAAGCGGCCUAUGAACAAACUCGACAAGAAGGAUACAAAUGGUCCGGAGUAAUGCGACGUAUAAAACAAGCUGAUCAUCUAUCUUUCCCCCUUCAAGCAUCUGAUAGAGGAGGUGUCAAGACCCCAGGUCAAGUGUUGGCCAGUUUCAAACCUGAAACCAAAUUAGAAUCCGCCAUUCAAAAUUUAUUAGACAAAGCAAAUUUGACCGAUAAGAGUAUGGAAAAACAAGAAGAUGAAAUGUUAAAAGGACAAGAGAUGACUUUGGAAGAAAUCGCUGAACGUAGACAAAACUUGAGACAUCAAAGAGAACUAAUGUUCAGAGCUGAAAGUAGAGCUAAAAGAGUAGCGAAGAUCAAAUCCAAGACAUUUAGGAAAUUAGCUAGGAAACGAGAGGGAAAAUUAUCAUCUCAAAUUGAAGUGGAUGAAGAGGAACAGAGGGAAAAAUUGGAAAGAUUGAGAGCUAAAGAAAGGGCGACUUUGAGACAUGGUGCACAGACUAAAUGGGCAAAAGGAGUAGGAGGAGCGGGUGAAGUUGAAGAUCGUAGAAAAGCAAAAGAGGAAAUGUUGGAUUUGAAAGAAAGGUUGAAAAGUAAGAUUAUGGGUGGUGAUCAUUCGGAUAGUAGUAGUGAUGAUGAUGAUAACGAUAAUGACGAACAGGAAGAAGGGAUAAAAAGAAAAGCUUUUGAUCAACUUGAUAAAUUGGAUGAAAAGGAGAACGAUGAGGAACAAGGGGGAUUGUUGGGAAUGGCUUUUAUGAAGAAAGCUCAAGAGAGGAGGUUGAGGUUGGCUAGGGAAGAAGAAGAGGGUUUGAAGAGAGAUAUUGAGAUGUUUGGGAGGGAUGGGGAUGGGGAGGAUCAAGAUGAGGAUGAGGAUGAAGAGAUGGGACAAGUGUGGAAACAAGGGGAAGGAAGAAUGACUUUUGCUGGACCUACAGUGACCUCUACCUCCAAAUCCGAUUCGACUUCCAUACCCACCUCCGCCUCAACUACCCUCCCUGACGUCUCAACUCUUCCAUCCAAACCCUCGAUCCCCUUUACGGAACAUAACCCCUGGUUAUCCAAUACGAGUCUCAUCGGGCCAUCGAAAAAACGUAACGUCCUCUCUGGUUCAGAAGAUAAAGGAACGAAACGACAACGUAAAUUGGACAAAGAGGCCAAAGAAAUGGAAGAUGAGACUGUGGAGAUUGAUUUGAAUUUCAUCAGGUCUAUUCCUCUCCAUCAGAAAGCUGGUGGGGUACAUGGUUCUUCCAAAAGUACGACCGGGCCAAAAAGUCUCUCUACCGUUUCAGUCGAUGGUUUGAGGGAAGAAAGUACCGAAGGGAUUGUUCAGACCAACGCUGGAUUCGGUCAGAACCGGGCAAAGAACGUUUCGACUUCGACCGUGCGAGCAGGUGAUGAUGAUAAAAGAAAGACCGGGAAGUCCAAUAAGAAAUCAAAUGAUGGAACAGGGACAAAUGAGAAGAAUAAAGAGUUGGAGGAAGAAACGGAAAGUGAGACUGAAGAUGAAGAUGAACAAGAUCUUCUACCCAUCAAUGACAACUCGGUCAAACCUUUCAAACAACGUGAUCUCGUAGCAGAAGCGUUUGCGGGUGAUAACGUUUUAGAAGAAUUUCAAUCAGAGAAGGAAAAACAAAUCGAAUUAGAUGGACCUAAAGUUGAAGAUACUUCUUUACCUGGUUGGGGAUCAUGGUCUGGAAGAGGUUUGAAAAAACGUACGACAACAAAUCCGAAAUUCUUAAUAACCAAACCUGGUAUAUCACCAAAUCAAAGAAAAGAUUUCUCACGUUCAAAUGUUAUCAUAACAGAACGUACGGAAAAGAAAUCUCAAGGAUUCUUAACGAAAGAUUUACCUUUUCCAUAUACGAAUACUGGACAAUAUGAAGCUAGUUUUUCUGUACCUGUAGGAUCUGAAUGGAAUUCUAGGAAAGUUUAUCAGAGGGAGACCAUGCCUAGGGUUGUUAAGAAGCCUGGGGCAAUUAUCGAACCUAUUCGUCGAUUAUUUUAA